UUCCCCAGUUUUGUUAUAUUCUUAUUAAAAAGCAAAUGAACACUCAACACGUAGAGAAUCCACAGUGUGUUUGAGCUUCUCCGAUUUCAACUCCCACCUCUUUGUAGCUUAAUUUUAAAGCCCUAAAUCAAAUUCAAACAAACCCUAAACCUAAAUAUCAUCAACCCAUCAAUUUUACUCACUAAAUGAACCAAUUUUUCUUCAAUUGAGCCCCAUAUACCUUUUUCAGGAUGCAAUCUUCUUCACCUCCAGAUGCUGCGAAUGCAAAAGGAGCAUUUCGCAAGCCCUUAAAUGAUGCGGGUUGUAGGAAAUAUCGGCGUCGUUCUCCAGUUAACAGGUCGUCUUCGUCUGAUGGGAGUCCUAAACAUGACCGGAGCUCUAGCCCAGUCUUUUCAAGGGAAGAUCCUGCAAAAGCCUCUGAACAUCGACAAAGGAGGAGGGAUGGCGAGAGGGAAUUAGACAGGGAUUCUGGUCUAAGCCAGUAUGGUAGAGGUAGUGGUUCAUAUAGACAUUCUGAUCGCCAAUCCUCCAGGAGUUCCCAUGGUUACUCUAGGCAUAAUGAUUAUGGCAGACAUGACAAGCAUGCAAAUGACGAAGAGAGAAAUUAUCAGAGGUUAUCCUCACGUUCUGGUUGGGAGUCAAGAACUAGUACUCAUUCUGAUUAUCCAAGACAAGAAAGUGAUCUUAGUAGGUCUAAAGACUAUUUGAGUAGUGCUGACAUAUCUAUUCGUGACAGAAAUGAUGUUACUGGGCAUAGAAGCAAGGAUAAGGAGAAAGAAUCAUCAUACUUAGAGCGUCAGAAAUAUAAAGAUAAGGAUUCCUCAUCUGACAGAACUGGAUCUGCUAGGAGACAGACUAGCUUAAAUUCUGAAGAGACAGAUAAAGAUUGGCAUAAGCGGGAUAGGGAUGGCAGAGAUGAAAGAAGAGAUUAUCGGAGGAGUUCGGGAGACUAUAGAAAUGAUCGUGCAGUCACCCAUGAAGAAUCGAGGGGUCAUCGAAACGAUUCAUCUUCUGGAAGGAACCAUGGUGGGCAUCGCUUAAAAGAAGUGUGUAAGAGUGACUCGAAGGAACUGGAUGGCCAAAAGCUUGCCAAAGGGGAGAAGAGAAAAUAUGAUGAUCAGGAAACAAACAGGGACAAGGACAUGUACUAUAGAGAAAAAGCUAAUUUUGCAAGUGAAAAUCAAGAAACUCUGACCAAAAAAACAAAGUUUUCGAACUGGGAUAAAGGCGCUGAUUUUGUGAAAGAUGCUGCCGAAAAGAUGUCUUCAAAUUCAAAGCAAGCUCAGGGAACUGGUGGUAAUGUGGCUCUUUCUCAGGCUGAUGACGGUGACUCUGUCACAAAUGGUCUAGAUGCUGCAAAAGUUGCCGCAAUGAAAGCUGCUGAAUUAGUUAAUAAGAACCUUGUUGGGGGUGGUUACAUGUCCACUGAUCAAAAGAAGAAGCUAUUGUGGGGAAACAAAAAGAGUACAACCACAGAAGAGGUAUUUCCAUCUGUUCAUCGCUGGGACACUGCAUUGUUUGGUGAUCGUGAUCGACAAGAGAAGUUCAACAAACUCAUGAGUCUGAGGUUGCCUUGGUACAUAUGGCCAAUUGUAGGGUGUGAAGGGCGAAGUGAAGGUAGAGCACAAACCCAACAAUCAAGAUGGCAGCGGUCCCCUCCAAGCGGACAAGCAGAGGGAACUACAGCUGGAUUUGGAGAAGCAGUACACAGCUGGACUUCGACGGAGAGAUGGACGCACUGUUGGAUUGGGUCUUUAAGCAUCAAUCCGGGACUGUUUUCUCUCUCCAUCAUAAUUUAUGACAUUUUGUUGUACUCGUGUUCAAGAAUCUUAGCUCUUGUGUUUUUACACCGACAGCUUGUUACGGAACUUGGUUUCUGCUAUUGGGCAUUUCAGAUCUUGGAAAAUGAAAAUUGUCACUUGAACAUUGUUGCCUUUAAAUCUCAAAAUGGGUUCGCUUUUCAUGUUUGUUGUUUGGAAGUUAUUAUCAUCUCUAUCUCGCUUUCUACGUCACAGUUUCAGAUUUGAAGUCACUGCAACUGUCUCUUGUUUCUUUAUAAAAGAAUUGAGGCAUCUAGCGUCACCAUCUCUCAAUUGAAAACAGAAAAAAGUUUUGUGCAAUGGCCUUAGCGAUGUGUGUAGUUUGAUGAUGAAAUAGAAUGAUUUACAGGGAUGUAGAGGUUAUAAUUUAUGCGUUUAUGAGUGAGUGUGAAUCACAUCAGUCUGUUAUCAGAAAUAAAAUUUCAGAAUGAAGCUGAAAUUGACAUGGAGGUUAAAUUAAUAAACAGAG